AUGUCAAAUCAGUUCACAAUCUCCAAGAUUCUUCAUAUUUCUACUGGACAAGCAUUAAAAGCUGUGUUUAAUACUUCAAACGAAGAUACUAAUCGACAAACAAACCUUACCUCUUCUACAUCUGUUUCAACUGAAAAUCAACAAUCUACACAUCCUUAUAUAGGUGAGAUGACAUUGAAUAACUCUGACUUAUUGAUGAUGAACCGAUUUCAGCAUAGUAUUCCAUCGACAACAAACAGUAAUAACAAUGAGCAUAAAGAUUAUGAAACGAAAUUAGGUCUACAUUCUAAUGCAUUUAGCUUCUAUACAACAUAUAUGCAAAAUUCACUUUCAUCUAAUAUAAACGCAUACAGUGGAACAAACAAUCAAGUUGAAUUGCAUUUAAACAAAAUUAAUAACUUUGAUAAUCUAUACACUGCUAGACAACUUCAAGAGAAGGAGCAACAUAAACCAGAAAUUAGUCUAGAUGAAACUAAUAACAAUUACUGUUUAAUUGAUCAACCUUUCAAUAAUAAUAGUCAAGAGAUUCGACAGAAAUUUCUAAAUUUAUUCAAUGAGAUUGUAACUAAGCAAAAUAUAAUGAAUAGUGGUAAAAGUCUACAGUUAAUACAAACUGAAAAAACUGCCAAAAUUGACAAUGAUGAAAAUAAUCUAUUGUUGGGACACAGUAAUUGCAAUGAAAACGUUUCAUUUACUUCUUGUCAAGAAGACUCUACUCCAUCUGUUGUCAGCCCAUCAGUAUCAAAUGUAACAAACCCCUCAUCCUUACAUAUUAUUCAAACUAUAAAUAAUAACAAACUAAAACUGGAAGACAAAUUAUUGCCUUUGUUACACAAAGUAUUUAAACUCAAUUCAAACCAAACAAUCACUUUUGAAGACAGUCAACAUGCCACAGUUAAUAAGAACUUAAACUCGAAUCUUCUACUAAAUUUAAAACUCCCAGUCAACUGUAUGAAUAUGAGUGAUGUAAUAAAGUCGAAUGAAAAAGUAUCACAGAUAUUGUGUUUAAAAUCUGAUACGAAUGAAAGAACAACGCCUUACACAGGAAAACAGCUACCAAAGAGGAAAACACGUAAAACUCAUCAAUCUAAACUGAAACAAAAUCAUGAGUUGGAACGUAAGCCUAGACAAGCUUACUCAACAGUUCAACUUGAACGUUUAGAAACAGAAUUUGAAAGGGAUAAAUACCUAAAACUGAAUAGACGAAUUGAGCUGUCGAAUGAAUUAAACCUAACAGAGACACAAAUCAAAACUUGGUUUCAAAAUCGUCGAACUAAAUGGAAAAAGAAGGUGUAUUCAUUGGAUUCUACAAGUCGAUCCUCUUUAAAUUUAAAUAAACAUGAAAAUAAAUUAUGGUCAAUGAAUAGUAUAUCCACUGACACUGAAGAACAACAACAGUCUACAAUGGACAGCAGUUAUACAACUUUUCUACCUACUCAAAUGAUGAAUGUUAAUUUUAAUUAUGACGAUAAACCAAUAGCAAGUUAUAAUAAUCCUCAAUUAAAAGUUAAUCUAUGGUCUAUAUGUCCCACAUCAAAUGUAACAAAAUUAUAA